AUGUUGCCUUCCCUGCGGAUCUCCUCGACGCUGCACGGGUGGGAUCCGCUGCGCAUUGUAGCACAGAUUGUUGCGCUACAAUGCAUCCAUUAUAUCUUACUGGCUGCUUUUGUGCCGCCGCUCCUGUCGAUCCUCACGGAACGUGCGGCGUUGCGCUUUGUGGGUGGCCCAGCUCAGGUCGGUAUGCUGAUCGACUGGCACGAGUUGUCCAGUCUACCUACAUGGGACUGGAAGGUACACCAAAAUACGACUGUCCUUGGUGGCGUGCCGCACACACCGGAGGAAUCCGCUGCGGCGCAAAACUGGACGGCAGGCUCGCUGUGGAUCGCGCCGUCCAACGCGAGCGCUGGCCAAACACACAUCACUGUGCUUGCCCCAAAUGAGUACGAAUGGCAAGAUCGUAGUCCUAGCUUGCACGCGGGACGCACAAGCUCUGCGUCCACGCAGUGGCAAAAAGCAACGAGCGGUGUAUCGCUGCAGGAACUUGAAUUGGAGCGAUGGGAAUGGCAGCGUACGCAUGAUGCACGGCGUGGGUACGCAAUUCUACUUGCAUGGACUGUCACUGCAUUUUUCGAUGUGCAAGUAUUGUACUAUAUUGUGCGCAAACCAACGCAUAUUCUCGACUUCGUGACCACCAUGCACCUGAUCAACCUACUGGUGACAUGGAUAUAUGCCGGUGCAAUCCCCGUCAGCCUUUUCUGGUGGUCGAUCAUGUUUCUGCAUGGGAGUCUGUGUGUUGUAUUUGCAGAGCGCAUCUCGAUCGAGCGCGAGAUGCGAGUUGGGUUUGCAGACCACGAAGAAAUCGAGCGGUUGGGCGGUCCUGCGUACGAAAUGAGUACGCGCAGCUGA